AUGAACAUAUUUCGAUUAGUAGCGGAUUUAAUGCAUUUAGCAUCUAUUAUUAUUUUACUUUUAAAGAUAAAGAAGACUCAUUCUUGUGUUGGCAUAUCGUUCAAGACACAACUGCUAUACUCUAUAGUUUUCCUGACACGUUAUUUAGACUUAUUCGUUACCAAAAUUUCAAUCUAUAAUACUAUUAUGAAGAUGUUUUUUAUUACAUCCUCAUUAUAUAUUUUGUAUCUUAUGUAUUUCAAGUAUAAAGCUACUUAUGAUGCAGUCUUGGAUACCUUUCGUAUUGAAUAUCUUUUAAUUGGAUCUACUGUUUUCAGUCUUGCAACUACUUCUUACUAUACAGUAUUAGAGUUUGCGUGGACUUUUUCAAUUUGGUUAGAAUCUGUGGCUAUUUUACCCCAAUUAUUCAUGCUGCAACGAACAGGAGAAGCGGAGACGAUAACGACGCAUUAUUUAUUUGCCUUAGGGGCGUAUAGAGGACUUUAUUUGAUAAAUUGGAUUUAUAGAUUUGUCAGUGAAGGACACAAAGAUUGGAUUGCCUGGAUUGCAGGUUUUAUACAGACAGCACUAUACAGUGAUUUCUUUUAUAUCUAUUAUACUAAAGUUCUUAAUGGUGAAAAAUUUGAAUUACCAAAGUAUGAGUGGUAA